CCAAUUUUCAAGACUAUACUUACUAUAUAUAUAUAUAUAUAUAGGGAAUUCAAGUGAGAGUGAAGUAAAAGGGUUGAAAAUUUUGAAUAUGAAGAUCAGUAUUUUGCUAUGUGUGGUGCUUUUGGGUUUCCUUGGGGUUUGUCAAGGAGGCAGCCUAAGGAAAAAGUUCUACCGGGAUUCCUGCCCUCAAGCCGAGGACAUUAUUAAGACCAAAACCCAGCAGCAUGUGUCUGCUAAUCCCGAUUUGCCAGCCAAGUUGCUUAGAAUGCAUUUUCAUGAUUGUUUUGUCAGGGGUUGUGAUGCCUCAGUUUUGUUGAACUCUACUGCCAGUAACACUGCUGAGAGGGAUGCAAUUCCAAAUUUAUCCUUGGCUGGCUUUGAUGUCAUAGAUGACAUAAAAAGUGCGGUUGAGGCAAAAUGUUCCAAAACUGUAUCUUGUGCUGACAUACUGGCAUUGGCAGCUAGGGACGCUGUUUCAGUCCAAUUUAAUAAACCAAUGUGGGAAGUGCUGACGGGUAGAAGAGAUGGCACAGUAUCGAACAGUAACGAAGCCUUGGCCAAUAUCCCAGCACCUUUCUUCAACUUCACCCAACUCAAAGAAAGCUUUGCUGGCAAAGGUCUCACUUUGCACGAUCUGGUUGUAUUAUCAGGGGCACACACAAUUGGAAUAGGGCAUUGCAACUUGUUCAGUAACAGGCUUUACAAUUUCACCGGGAAAGGUGAUCAAGACCCUUCUUUGAACACCACUUAUGCUGAAUUCUUGAAGACAAAGUGCCAGAGCCUGAGUGACACAACCACAACGGUAGAAAUGGAUCCUGGAAGCUCUACCAAGUUCGAUAGUGACUAUUAUCCAAACCUUCUCCAGAAUAAGGGCCUAUUCCAAUCAGACGCAGCCCUUCUAACACAAGAGCAAUCAGAAGAUAUAGCUAAAGAAUUGGUUGAUCAAAACAAGUUCUUCACAGAAUUUGCACAGUCAAUGAAGAGAAUGGGAGCCAUUGAGGUCCUCACUGGUUCUGCUGGAGAAAUACGGAACAAGUGUUCAGUUGUCAACUCAUAAAUAAAUCAUGUCCUAAUCAAGAGCUGUUUUGUGGUUUUAAUUUCCUUUCAAUUGUUUGAGUUGCUAAUUAUGAUCAGUUAUCAAAUACCUCUAAACCCUCAUGGAAAGGUUAUUACUGUUAUCAUCAAAUUCCAAUAAACGUGUAUUAAGUAUCAAAGUAUGUGUUUUUAUACUUUAGUUUGACUUUCUCAUAACUGUGAUA